AAACUAAAUCAAUUAAAAACUAAACAUGGAUCAUUUCAGUUUUGGAGGAGCAGACUUAACGAGGGGACAGAUUUUUCAAGUCAUAAUACGUUUAUCUGUUGCUUCAAUGGUUACAUAUUAUUCUGUUAAAUGGAUGAUGAACCAGCUGGACCCUACCAGUAAAAACAAAAAAAAGGCCAAAGGCCUUGCAGAAGAACAAUUAAAAAGGUUAAGUGAAAAUGAUGGAUUGAAAAUAAAUGCCCAUGACUUUAAUGACUACGAAUUGAUGAUUGCGUCACACCUUGUUGUUCCAGCUGACAUUACAGUCGGGUGGAGCGAUAUUGCAGGAUUGAAUUUGAUUGUUCAGGAGCUUCGUGAAUCUGUUGUUUUGCCAGUUCAACACAAAGAUUUGUUCAAAAGCUCAAAAUUGUGGCAGGCCCCAAAAGGUGUACUUCUUCACGGGCCACCCGGUUGCGGAAAAACUUUAAUAGCGAAAGCCACUGCAAAAGAGGCUGGGAUGCGCUUUAUCAAUCUGGACGUAGCCAUUCUAACUGAUAAAUGGUACGGGGAAUCUCAAAAACUUACGUCUGCUGUUUUCUCACUAGCUGCAAAAAUCGAACCUUGUAUAAUAUUCAUUGAUGAAAUCGAUUCGUUCCUUCGGGCCCGUAAUUUAAAUGACCACGAGGCCACCGCAAUGAUGAAAACUCAGUUUAUGAUGUUAUGGGAUGGUCUAAGCACAAAUACCAACUCGACCGUGAUUGUAAUGGGCGCAACAAACAGACCACAGGAUUUAGACAAGGCUAUUGUUCGCCGAAUGCCAGCACAAUUUCACAUUGGUCUUCCAUCUGAAACCCAGCGAACAGAAAUACUAAAAUUGAUAUUAGAGUCUGAGGAAGUAAGUCCGGAUGUUGACUUAAAUCGUUUGUCUAAGCUCACCAACGGGUUUUCAGGUUCAGAUCUUCGAGAAAUGUGUCGAAACGCAUCAGUUUUUAGAAUGAGACAACUAAUUGAGGUUAAAAAUAAUUCAGGCUCUAGUAUAUCCGUCAUAGACAAGACAAAUUUAAAAAUUACAAUGGAUGAUUUGCUGAGCUCACAUCUAAAAAUUAAGGAGUCUAAAAUGCACACCGGUAGUUUGUUUUUAGAAAAUAGAAUUGAUCUAGAUUAAGUUAAAUACCACAUAUUAUAUGGUAAAUAAAGCCAUCACCGAAAUCAUUACCCACA